AUGGUCAAGCCUGAGCACCUCCAGCAGGUCGCGCCUCGCCCGCAAGCCCUUGAUAGGCUAUGGCUGAAGUCGGACGAUAAAGAGUUUCUGGGAAACAUAAUACGCACGCAUCGUGGCGAUAAACAAUUCCAUCCCAGUAUUGUCUCCGAGACAACUGGGAGCCUCAAAAUCCUCCUCCACGGUGAGCCCGGAACGGGGAAAACCUUGACAGCCGAAUGCCUUUCUGAGGAAUUUGGCGUGCCUCUCUACACGGUCAACUUCGGUGACUUAGGCGUGGAGCCGGACGUGCUCGGGCAACGACUCGAGGAGGCCUUUCUUAGGGCCGCGAACUGGAAGGCCAUUCUCUUGCUUGACCACGCUGGAACCUUGAUUGCGAAACGCCACAGUAACUGGACAUUCCAUCAUAACUCUUCCGUCUCUGUAUUCCUUCGCCAUCUCGAUCAUUCUAAGGGGCUUAUCCUCAUAACAUCUACCCCGUCCCCGCUGGGCCUUGACCCGGACUUUGAGUCCCGCCUCAACAUGUUACUGCCCUUUCCCAACUUCACGUUCGAGGCUCAGAAGUUUGUCUGGAGGAAAUUAAUUGACAGCCUCCAAGGCCCUGACGACUUUUCCAAGAUGCCACUCAUUGAUUUCAUAAACAAUGAGCUUCCGAAUCUGGACGAUGGGGCCUAUGCUCAGAUGAACGGGCGCCAGAUCACGAACUGCUUUACUGCCGCCUUGUUCCACGCUCACGGAUCCAUCAACAGUGAUGGUAACAAUCUGACUUCGCGUCAUAUCAAGGAAAUUCUGAGAUUGGGGAAAGAAUUCAAAGACUACUUAGCCCAAAUAGAGAAGAAGUCCGAUAACCGGGCUAUGUGGUGGGGGUCAUGA